AUGCUCAGACGUCUAAUUCGAGCAACGAGCACGCAAUGCUUCUCAGUUGCUGCAACUUCUAUAGGGAAUCUUCCGAAAAUGGAAAAAGACUACAUCAGUAUUGAGGGAUGGGCGAAUUCAAUUCAUAAACUUGCAAAUCUUGUUUUUAUCAAAGUUUCAGAUGGAAGAUUUACUAAUGAUGUUCAAAUAAUUGCUCCAAAAGAAUUAUUUCGCGUUGGAUCGUCUUUAGCAGUAACUGGAAAAUGGCAAAAAAGUACUGGUUCCAAGCAAGAAAUGGAGUUGUUCGCUGAAAAAUUGGAAGUUUAUUCUGCUGACGCAAAUCCUCGUUACGACAUUUCAGAAAAUGAUUUGAGGAAAAAGAUUCACUUAAGAGCUCGCUCAGUGGGAUUUGCUUCAGUUUUGACAGGAAGAUCUAUAAUUUUUCAAGAAACUCAUCAUUUUUUUGCAAGCCGAGAAUUCAUUCACAUUGAAACACCUAAACUAACGAAAAACGAUUGUGAAGGUGGCGGCAAUGCGUACGCAGUAGACGAGGCUGGCUCGUCAAUUUACUUAACUGUUAGUGCACAGCUACAUUUGGAAGCUAUGGCGAGCAGAUUAUCCAAGGUUUACACGCUAGGACCCGCUUUUCGCGCUGAAAAACAACAAAGCCAUACUCAUUUGUCUGAAUUUAACAUGCUUGAAGCGGAAGUUGCCUUUGUUCAGGAUAUAAAUGAACUCUGUGACAUUGUCGAAGAUUAUGUCAAAGCAAUGAUCAGAAUUACACUCGAAAAUCAAAAGCUUAAAGAAAUUAUUUCAUCAAUGGGAAUAUACCAUAACAAAUGCCUUGAUUCGAAAAAAUUUCACAAAAUCAAAUUUUCUGAAGCUGUUGAAAUUUUAAAAGGGCAUGGUCAAGAAGUCAAAGCGAAAAGUGGGCUCUCUCGUCAAAACGAGAUAAAGUUGGUUGAAAUAUUUAAUAGCCCUGUAUUCGUUACACAUUUUCCAAGUGUACAGAAACCAUUUUAUAUGCAAACUAUUGGAGAAAAUACUGCUUCUUUUGAUCUACUUUGUCCAAUUGUUGGAGAACUUGCCGGAGGAUCAAUCCGAGAAAUUUGUCCGGAGAAAUUAAAAAGCCGUGGAUGCACCAUUGAAUGGUAUCUGGAAACAAGACACCGAGGACAACCGCCAACAGGCGGGUUUGGAAUUGAUUUCAACAUGGUGAAGGUUAAAAAUCGUUAUUAUCUCGUUCAAAUGAUCACUAAUGAUGGAAAGGAGCCAGAUGUCUCGAAAUACCACUUUUUUUCCGAGAUAACGAAGCAUGCACAAGAAAUGUUUGGUGAUUUCGGAUACUCUAUUGUCAAACUAAGUUUGUCGAUUCGAGUUUCUGAUGAGGAUGUUUAUGUUGUUCGAGUAGCAGAGACAGGUGAAAAAUAUCUCGGAGCCGUUUUGCCAAAUAUAUUAAAAAUUGGAAAUCAGCCAAUGAUUUUGAAAACGCUUUUCGUAGGAAGGAGUAUGAGAUCAUGCGAGAAGCGCCUAAUUGAAAUUCGUCGUAAUGAUUUAUAUGCCGCUCUAUCCAAUUGCAAAACUCCAGCCAUUCGACAUACACUCCUAAAAGUUCUCCAUAACUGUUGUGGGAAGCCUUCAAAAAUUUUCAGUGAUGAGGAUAUGUCUAGAAAAUAA